CGAGGGAAUGACAUUUCGCCGGGAUUUAGCUUGUCUUACCCUCUGACUAUUGGAUUUGGAAAUGUACAUAAAGGAACUGAUCUAAUGAGAUGAAGUGAAAUCGCUGGAUAAAUCCAAACAUGGCAGCUGUACAUGCAGUCAUUUUGUUUCAUAUUGUCUUCAGUUUUUUACACCAGGGUUUGGGUUUGAUUUCAGACUACAAAUUAUGUGGAGACCCCGAAUGUGAAAGCAUGAUAAGUCGUGUACAGGCUCAGAGAGACUAUAGUGCUAAAGACUGCCGCUUUCUAAACUUCAAAAAAGGGGAUAUCAUCACUGUUUACUACAAACUCACUGGAAAAAGAAAUGAUCUAUGGGCAGGAAGUAUAGAAAAGCUGUCUGGAUUGUUCCCAAAAGAUGCCAUCAAAGUUGAUCAACCGUUUAUUGAUGAGAAAAAGGAAAUCCAGGUGCCAACUCAGGAAUAUGACUUCAUAUGCUUUGAUGAAAAUGGUUUAGUGAUUGAGCGCAGCACUGAAUUUGAUGAUCUGGAAGAUUUGUCACAAGAAACCGAUUUCAAUGAAGUCCAAGAUAAUCCUACUGAAACAGAAGAGAGUAAACCCAGUCAGAUUUCUGUUCAAGAUGUUUCUGAUCAAAACAGCCCCAAGACAACACAAAAAGAUGGGUCUUCCUGGAAAGGCUCUGCCGUUAGUGGAUGGUUUGGCAGGAAUGAGCAAAGCAAUGAUGAACCACAGGAUGAGAGCAGUAAAGAAUCCUUCAAAAGCAGAAAAAUUGUGAUGGAUAUGGAGGAGAACCAUGUGGAGGAGAAGACAAACUCUGGAACGUUUGGUUGGAUCAGGGGUGAACUCACCAAUGCUUUUGGGUUUGGAAACAAGGAUCUAAAAACUGAUACACGGGACAAUAUCAAGAACCCAACAAAUGACGAAGAUACCUCAUCUCAGCGGUCUAGCUCCUGGAUAAGUAUGGGUAGAGAUGUCUUGGGCUUUGGUGAAGACAAUACUGAAGCUGCAACUAAACCUGAAGCUGGAAAAGCCGAUGAAAACACAAACACAGAGGACCAGAGCAUAUUUAACCCCAGUCAGAACAUGGAUGUGGUUGACAACAAACAGAGAGAUGAAAACAACCCAGACGACAGUGUGGAAAAUAAGGAUGGUCCCUUGGAGGACAGGAGAACAGAAAAUGAAAAAGAAGAGGAACAGGUGGGGUGGUACGGAAAUAUGUACAACAGGAUCACAAACCUUUACAGAGAAGAGCAAACUAAACAUUAUGAGGAUGAUGGAGGCAGUUUGACAGAAAGCCAUGGAUCUACUUCAAAUACUGAGAACAUUGAAACCAAAGAUUCAGAAUCAAGUUCACAGUCCAUAUUUUCAGUCAACGGCCUGACAUCAAUGCUUAAGCUUCCUUUUCAGGCAGACACAGUAGUAAAGAGAGAGGAGGAAAAGACAGAAAAGGAAGAAGAUGCAGGUAAGGAAGACUUUGAUGAGGACCAACAUAAUAACAAGGAUCAAGAAGAAAAAAUGUUGAUUGAUAUUUAUGAGCAGGACUCAAACCCAACAGACACUGAUGUACUAAUGGAAACUCAGUCUCUGUCUGAUAAAACAAUGACUUUAAAAGAUAGCAUUGCAUCUGAUAGCAUUGAACAACUAGAUGUAGAAUCUAAUAUGACAGAAAACAGCAUGAUUUCACAAAUCCGUGAAACCGAGUCAGAAGAUAAUUUAAAUGAAGAAGUUAAAAGUGAAAACAAUGCUGAUUUUUUUGAGGGAAAGGUGGAGCAAGAUACAAGAGAUGUGCAAAACGAUGAGGAAAAGACAGGAAAGAAAGAAGAUCCAGGUAAGGAAAACUUUGAUCAGGAACAAAAUAAUAACAAGGAUCAAGAAGAUAAAAUGCCGACUGAUAUUUAUGAGCAGGACACAAACCCAACAGACAUUGGCGUACUAAGUGAAACUCAGUCACUGUCUGAUAAAACAAUGACUUUAAAAGAUAGCAUUGCAUCUGAUAGCAUUGAACAACUAGAUGUAGAAUCUAAUAUGACUGAAGACAGCACAGAUUCACAAAUCCUUGAAAUCAAGUCGGCAGAUAAUUUAAAUGAUGAAGUUAAAAGUGAAAACAAUGCUGAUGUUUCAGAAGGAGCUGUAGAGAAAGACAUGAAAGAUGUGCAAAGUGAUAAGGAAAAGACAGUAAAGGAGAUCAAUUCAGGUAAGGGGGACUUUCUUGAGCAACAAAAUGUGAAAGAUGACGAAAUAUCUGAUGUUGUCAAGCAAGAAUCAACCACAAAGGAUAUUGAUUUACUUAGUGAAACUCAGGCCAUAUCUGAUGGAACAAUGACUUUAAAAGACAGCGCUGCAUCUGAUGACAUAAGAGAUAUAGAUGGCUUUUCUAAAGACUCUAACACCCAACAUGGUGAUGAAGUUAAAUCUGCAAAUAAUACAACUGAUGAAGGUAUUCAGAGCAAAAACAACUUAACUGAUUCAGCAGAUGACAUUUUAGAGGGCAAGCUGAUACAAAGUCUGUCUGAUCAAGACAAUUUAGACAGUAUCAGACAGCAAGAAAAUGAUUCUAAUAAAAUUAGCACAGAUCCUGUAACUGUUGCUGAUCCAUCUGAACUGUCAGAGUCAGAUAUUCAGACAGAUCCUGAGUUACGUUAUGAAAAUACACAAGAAUUAAAUGUUGCAGAUUUGUACACUGACUCACAUAUUAAGACUGUCACAACUGGUCAAAGCAUAAAUGCAGAUAAAAAUUCUGAACCGACUGUGGAUACAUUAUCAGAAUAUAAUAAUGAAAAACAAUUAGCUGAAGGCGACCAAGGUAUAUCGCAAGAAAAUUAUGAGUUAGUUAUAGACACAAAAGAUAAGUUAGUUAUGGAAAGAAAUGAGGAACAAUUAGAUGAAGAAUUACCAAAAGACAUCACAUUUUAUGAAGAAAAGUUAUCAGAUUCAGAAGCACAUGCAACGCAAAUGAGCAAUGAACAUAAAUUGGACACAAACAUAAAUCCUCUUAAUGAAAGAUCUUCUCAUAAUCACACUCUUGUAACAGAUGAAUUAACUGUACCUAGUGAAGAAAAUCUGCAUUCAGACCUUGAGUCAAAUUCAGCCCUAAAUGGCACAGAUUAUGAGAUGGAUAAUAACAGUGAAUUGCAUCUUGAGUCAUUGGUGAUAGAAAACUCAGGUAUAAGUAUUGUCAAGAAUACAGAUUCAGUAGGUGAAAAUGACAAUGAGGUUGUUGUUCAAGAAGAGCAAGAGGAAUCAGGUACAGUUUCUGAAACUACAGAGAAUUAUUUUGAAACAAAGGAUGACACACAAAUCACAAAUGAAAGUCUAACACAGGAAACACAUACAAAAAGACCAUCGCUAAACAUGUCUGAUGGAUCUGUUGAUUUAAAAGAUUUUGGUCAUGAUCUCAGUUUACCAGAAAAUGCAGACAGUGAUAAUAUUCCUAACGCUGUGGCUGAAGAAGACCCAGAUGGCUAUACAACUUCCACAGAAACUAUGAUGAAUGAUUUCUUCUCAAAGAAUGACUCAGUACAGGAUGGCAAUAUUAAUAUCAUGCAUGAUCAAAAUCAAAGUGUUGAACACAAAGAGGAGACCGACACAGCAAACAACGAGGAUCAUCAAACCGAUUCAGAAAGUGUCACGGGAAGGGAGGAAAGCGACAUAGGUGCCAUCUGGGAUCAAAGUGAUGAUGGUGACAUGCCGGUGAAGUCAGAAGAUAAAGAAGAACAGGGCAAUGAAAAACAACCUGGAAGCCCUGAAAUUCAAGACAAAAAUACUGGCAAUCAUCUUACAGAAACCUCUAAAGGAUAUACAAACUUAUAUCCUUAUCUGAGUGAACAGAAUAUUGAAGAUCUUUUAGAUUUAUUUGGAGACCAGACGUUAUCAUGGCUGGAUUCCAAAAUGGGAAACACUAAUGCAGGUCAAGAUAAUGAUGACCUUGAUGAACUUGGUGACUUUGAACAGCUGUUGGAAAACCAUAUGAAGAUGAACACAAAACUGGGACAUAUUCAACAAGAUAAUGGUUCUCCUGGCAAGGAUAACACUAAAGAAUAUCAAGCACUACAAAAACUGUAUACCCUCUUAUCUUCUCUAAGAAAGAAAUAUUCACCAGUGAUAACAGAUAACAGUGUAGAACGCCCAGGGAUCAGCGAAGAUGACUGUGUUCAUGAAGCAUGUCUAGAUGUGAAUAAGAAUACAGAAAUCUCCACAACAGAGGCUGAAAAUAAUCAAGUUACCGAUGACAGAUCUGGUAUAAAUAACUUGGGCAAUCCUCAAAAUGAGCCAGUCUCUGAGGAAAAGGACCUUUUAGUGAACAGAGCUAAUGUGGAGGGUGUUCAGACUGUUGAGCAGGAAAAAAGAAAGCAAAAUACAGAAGAUUGGACAUCUUCUGAAACCAAGAAAGCUUUCCAAAACCACGGUCUUAUCUCUGAGGAGCAUGUUGAAUCACAGAAUGAAGGAGGGCAAUUUUAUCAGAUGGCAGUUUUUGUUGACGUCACAAUGAAUGAAAUUGCAUCUCUAGUGGACAAGGUUGUAUCUUCACUUCCUGAUGAUAUCCGGCCUGGUGCUGACUUAUAUGGACUGCCAUGGGAAGCUGUGGUUUUCACAGGAUUUUUAGGUGUAUUGACACUGCUUCUGUUCAGCUGCAGGUUCAUUCAGUCUAUCAGAAGUCGAAUAUAUGCAAGUAAAGAGACGCAAAUGGUGCAGAAAGUGGCCGAACUGCUUGAUGAAAAGUGCAAAGUGCUGGAGACAUUCAGUGAGGUUAAACAGAAGUUUGACAAGCUAGAGUCCACACUACAGAACAAUGGCAUGUCUGCACAAGCUGCAGAAAAAGACAGUUUAGAGGUGGCGUCACAGAAAUUUGAACAAUCAAAUGCACAAAUGAAAAAGGAAAUAGAGAGGCUGCAAGAAGAGCUGUCCCAACAAAACAAAGCAAGGAAACAGCAAGAGGAUCAGCUUGCUGAACUUGAGCAGAUUUUAAGAAAUUUAGAAGAGGAAGCUAAAGAACGAAAGUCCCAGUUAGAACAGGACAACACAACACUGAAGAUCCAUGAGAUCAACACAGAGCGACUGCAGAAAAACCUGCAGGUGGCCAAAGAGGAGCAUGCAAUGCUGCUUGAGAGUAAAGAACAGCUGGUGCAAGAGGCAGAGGACUGGGGUGAACGUCUCGGUGAGCUGGAGGAGGAGAUGAAAAUGUGUGAAAGAUCUCAUACUGGUAUGCUGGAGGACUGCGCUAAUAAAGAUGAUCGCAUCAAGUCACUGACAGAGUGCCUUUUGAAGAUGCGAGAUUGGGAUUCUGAGGAUGAGAGCUGCAUUGACGGCAGCACCAAUGCAGCUGGAGCUGAGAAUGGAGACAGUUCAGAUUUCCAUCAGAAGCAAAAAGUACAGAAACUUAUUGAAGCGGCCAAGAUGAGUGCAGACUUGAAGUCCAUGGAGGAGCACAAGAACAGAGUGUUAGCCAAACUCGCAGAUGAAAUUAAAGCCAAAGAAGAUCUCCAAGAGGGGAUCAAACAGCUUGAGGAGCAGAAGGAGGUGUUGGAAUCAGAGAGUGCCAGCUAUGCUAGUGAAAGCCAGAAACUCCAGCAGAAACUCCAGAUCGUGACUGAGAUGUACCAGGAGAAUGAACUCAAACUACACAGGAUGUUGACAGUGGAGGAGAAGGAGCGCUUACAGAAGGAGGAGAAGCUCAACAAGGCAGGCAAGAAGAUCAGUCUUGCUGCAGAGGAGCUUAACACUUACAGACAACGAGCCAGAGACCUAGAGGAAGAACUGGAACGGACGUCACUGGCCUACAAGAAUCAGAUUACUUCUCAUGAGAAAAAGGCUCAUGAUAACUGGCUAGCUGCAAGGGCAGCAGAUCGAGACCUGACUGAUGUCACGAGAGAAAAUGCUCAUCUCCGCCAGAAGCUGACUGGUGCCCAAUUCAAGUUUGAGAUUCUUGAAAAGGAUGUACGAGAGGGCAGACCUUUAUUUAGAGGUGAAAGAUCUCCAUAUGGAUCCUCUCUUAGCCGACCAUCUUCAGAAACACGGGCCUUCCUGUCCCCUCCUACACUAAUGGAUGGACCCCCUCGACUCUCACCUCAGUUUAUGGGUCCAGGCAGAGCAUCCCGUGGCAGAGUAGAGCCCCCUAGUGGUGGGCCAGACUCUGAUAGUGGCUCGUUGUCUCCUUCCUGGGACAGGGAACGUAGGGGCCCUCCCCCCCCUCCAGGUCACCCUCUCCCAGAUCCGGGUUUGCCCUUUAGGAGGCCUCCUCCAGGUCCAUAUCCUAUGGGUCCUUUGCCUCCUAGACCUUCACUUCCUCCUGAGCCAUACUUUGGUGACAAAUCAGAUUCAUCAUUUCUAAGAAACAGCUCAUCUAUCAGUGAGAAUGAGAGCAGAGAAGGUCCUCACUCGAUGCCUGGUGACAUGAGAUUGCCUCCUGAUCCAGAUUCAAGAAUGGGGCCUCCUCCUGGCCCCCGGUUCAUAGGAAUGCCCCCGCUGAUGGACCCUAGGGACCCACACUUCCCACCCAGGGGCCCUUAUGGACCUCCGGAGUUCUUUCCCCCUCGUGGGCCUGGUGGUCCCCCCAUAGGCAUGCGAGGGCCACUUCCCCCAGGAAUGUUUCCCAGAGUUCCAAUGCCACUCCCUCAACAUAUGGGCUAUUUACCACCAAGACAUUCGUCUGCCAGCUUCCCCCCCGGACCUCCACCCAGACCCUCCCCACCCGGCAGCGAGCAGCCCCCCGACCAGUCGCCCUCUCCUCAUGAUGUCAUCUGAUCUCUCACGCUCUCUUCCCCCCCGGCAAACUGUUUCUGACCUCCUGUUGUUGUGCUCAGGGGGUGUUUCCUUUGAUAUGUAACCGCAGUAGCCUUGUGGUUAUCUCUUACUUUUUGUCUUAGUUGAAAGCGCAAGCAUGGCAAAGGGUGCAGAACAUGCCACUGGUUAUAAUAUUAGGAAGAGCAAGUUGAUGUCUGUAUUUCAGGUACAGAAUGUGCGCAGCCUUGGUGAACAUGUAGGUAAAUUGUAAAACGUCAAUGAGACUGCCUUUUAACAGGAUUAUAGGUGCUCAGGUUUGUGAUGUUCUGAUGCUUUUUUUUUAAUGUAGAUGAUAAAAGGUCCUCAUAUUUGUCAAACUGUAUAUAUAAAGUCGAAGUAUAUAUUGUGAAUAGGAUGCUGUUUAAACAAGACUUUGGUAACUAACAAAAAAAUCCAACAACUCAAUCCAGAGAACCGUCCAUGUAGCGGAUAUAUUUAUAGUUUCCUCUAAUAACAACUCAUUUAUGAUUAAUAAUAAAAAAAG